GUUGGGACUUGGCAGCUGCGGGAAAUCCAACAUGUCUUGGCAUUGUACACCUUCUUGUGGGGAAACUUCAGAUUCAUCCAGAUCUUUCUCCAAGAUUGGUGUUGGUGUCAGGAGUACGCAAAGUUGGUACCCUUGUGGAGGGCCAGUUGGUGUACUGUGUAACACGUGUUGUCUUUCUGCCCUUAGCUGCCCCACCUGACACAGAAUUAAAUCUCCAACAAUGUCGGAAACAUGCAAAUCAUCCUUCUGGGUUCUUAAGGGGAGCAUCCAGCUGAAGCACAAAAUUCGUUAAUAAUUGAACAAUCAAUAUCAAUUUCCUGUCAGCAUUUAAGGACACCAGAUACCCCUGAAUCGGUUCUGCCUAAACCCUAAUGCAGUAGGGUCGGUAUAUAUACUGUAUCGCGACUUUAUAAAAAAAUAAUAAUUAUAUUGCGACUACCAAAAUUAUCAACAUUUUCCUAUAUAUAUACAAUAUAGCGAUAAAUGUUUUUAUUUCGCGAGGGAAAUCAUGCAGGAAUUAUUUCAAAUUUAUCACUACUACCAAAAUUAUCGAAAUUUUCCAAUACUGUAUACGGUACAGCAGACUUUCAACUUUAAGCCUAAAACCACCAAACCCUGGCUGGGAAGGUGAGG